AUGACACCCCCUCGCCCGUCGGAGCUCUACAAUGGUUCCAUGAGCUCUAUGAACCUUCGAGCACAUGAGAUGGACAGCUCUUCGUCGAUAGCUCGUCCACAGACCAGUGACAAGCCAUUGAAAUCCUCUCUGGAACACCAACGCAAACGUCUCUCCUUCUUUGGGCGUACACCUUCCGACGCUUCGAGUAUCAAGCACGCGGCUCCAUCUCUGACUUCGGCCACAUCGCAAACCAGCCGUCUCGGAAGCCGUCCACUUUCGCAGUCAACAACGCACUCCGCGAAUGAUCGACCGACUACUGGCAUCAGUCAAACACAGAGCCAACGUAGUGGAGGUGAUCCGAUUCAAGCUAUACGGAAUACUCUAUUCGGUUUUCGACGACGCAAGGCCGCUCGUGAGACUACGCAGGGACCGCAACGACAAGCUACUUUCCCGGAGCCUCCUCCGUCGCGACAGCGGGAAGAGGAGACAGCUGCUACCCAGCAUGCGGACCUGGUUCCUUUUGCAGCUUCAUCCACGUCGGCGGCGAAGUCCAUAAAACCGAAGGACACCCAGUUCAAGAACGAAGACGAAUUCUAUCAACAUCGGAAGAAGACGAGCAUAUCACGACCUUUCAACUUUCAACACGUCACGCACACUGCAAGGAAACACCUGCCACAUCUGCAUACUGUCCACGAGCGAGAUCUUCCUGGCAAGUUCUGGGCUCUGAAUGCCUACCAAAAGCCAAAGGAGAAUUUGAAGGGCAUAAAAGUCGAAGAUCUGUCCGAGCCAGUCUCGGCACAACCGGGCGAAGAGAAAUAUGGUCUGCCGGCCUUACCACUCGCCAACGCUGCCGAGACUGAUGACGAAACAACGUUCGAUGAGACACAAGAGACGAAUUUCAAUCCCGAUACCUUCGAUACCAUCCAUGGGAUGAAGUCCGAUCAAGGGCUUCCGCUGAAACAUUACUCUUCCAUGAGCGCAUUGGGCUCGAUCACGCAAACGAAUCCUGAUCAGCUCCGACAUUUCAUCAAGGAAAGAGCCACAGACGAUGAUUCGGCUCCUCCUACUGCGCACCGUGCUACCACGUCGCCGAUUGUCGCCAAUGUGCGAGCCAGCAUGCCUGUUCAGCCAGCUCCGCCGCCGGAGACUUUGACACAAACGCCACCAAUGGAGCAAACCACCGACCAAGAACAAGCAAGGGCGUUGACUCCUCCGCAACAGCCGAGAGCGAGUCCAUCAAAGACGUCCCUACGAUCAUCCAGGCAAUUAGGAUCACUCUUUUCAAGCACGCAGGCAGGAGCGAGCAGCGACUAUGCAGGAUCCAUCCGAUCCAAGCGGUCUUCUCGAUCCACUGCAACAGCUGGCACUCGGAUGUCCAGGAUGACCGAUCUUGCUGAGCCAACGUGGGAAGACGUCGUUGAUCUGGCGUUUGAGCAAGAAGCCGAGGCGACUUGUGACUUUGACUGGGAGAACACAUCUGCCGUCGAAGGCGAUCUUUCCAACCAGCCAUCUCCAAACGAGGGCGAGAGUCCGUCAGGCGCUUCCGGCGGAGUUUCUCUAUCUGGUUGGUUGGACCGGCCCGUUGCACCGAACGCAGUGUCUCCCGCGGACAGCACCAGCCGCUCAAUUCAGUCCGUUGCAUCGGACGUCUCGCAGCCAGCUGCUCACAAGCGUGGCCAGUCGGUCGGCCACCGGGGUUUCUUGGAUGCUCGCUCUCGCAGUGCGUCAACCGACGGAUUCCUCAAAGAACCACAAGUCAUCGAAUCAGCGGGAGCGUCAUCUUCGACCGAUUCCCCUGCGCCAACCGCACCGAAUCCUCUCAAGGUGUUCCUCACUGCGGCGGAAUGCGAGAAGUCUCCUUACACCGCCGAGGAGAUGCAUUUCCCGACUUACGACUUGCGGGCGCUCUUGGCAGACGAAUCACUGUCAGACCCAGAGGACAACGGCUCCUCGAGGUCAUCUUCUGGACGCUCCCUCCGGUAUCGAAGGAAGUCGAGCGACACCACAGGCUCGCUGCACACGGCAUCCGCAAGCGAUAUGACAAGAUGGAGUUCCGCUUCGACAUCGUCCAUCCCUGACCUCAUGCACAGCUUCCGUGCAAGACCCGAGGGGAGGAAAUCCUCGAGGAUGUCCAGGUCAAUGCUGCCAUCACUGCCACAAAGCCCGAUCGACGACGUCCAGCAAACGAUCGAAUUCCCGGCAUCCGAAAACUCUAUCGAAUCACCAAUCGAUCCCAAUGCCGGAAUGAAGUCCACAAUCGACGAGAAGGUCGACAAUGCCGCGCAAACUGAUUCAGCGACAUCAUCGGAGCCUUCCUUGACUCCAGACUCCGAGACCGCUCCCGAUGCCAACUCGGAGAACGGAUCUACUGUUGGAGCAGUGACGCCUCCCUGCGAAGACACCGACCUCACCCCCCUCGCCCUCCCUGACGCCAAAUUCUCCCUCCCACCAACUCCUCCACCAAAAACCGGUCCCCUCCCUCCUCUUCCACCACCGGAGAGAUCUCUUCCAACCCUUCCCGAACGACCUCUCACAACCUCUGUCUCCAGACCCACCCGACCCCUCUCCCGACCUCCUCUCCUUCCGGGCCCACCAUCCCGCUACCGUACCCUCAUGCCACCCCGUUCGAAAUCCUACGCCGCCGGCGAAUGGGCCGCGCAAAAUCACAAGCCGCGACCCAUGACGUCCGCCCUUCCAGCAGGUUUCGAUGGCUCACCCGAGAUUCUGAUGCGCCGACCGGAAACUUCAGGAGACCGGGAGUUGUUAUUUUCGGCCGGCAGAAUGGUGCAAAGGGGUCGAUCGGCGACGCCGCCGAGUCGAGUUGCGUUGGGCCCUGUUAAGGGACCGGAGGAGGAAGACGGUGGGUGGAUCUGA